AACCAUAUUACUACUACUAUUUUUUUUAAGAGAAAUCGCUACCAUGCCAGGAAUGACUCCAGAAGGCAGACGAGUCCACAUCGCACGCAUCGCCACCAGCGACUUCGAAGACUUCGACUACAACUACUUCGCCAGAGUAAUUUUUAUGGUAGCCGACGUCUACUUGAAAUCAGAAAAACUAGGUUCUGCGGGAGAAGUCUACGUUUUAGAUGGGGAAAAUUACAGGCUUAAACACUUACUUAAAUUGUCGCCAAUUUUCGCGAAAAAAAUUUUCGUGUGUACCAUGGAUGCGCUCCCUAUCAAAAUCAAAGAAAUACAUAUUGUUAAUCCCCCGUUUGUUAUCGAUAGUUUAAUAGCGUUUAUAAAGCCGUUCAUGAAAGAAAAAAUUUUUAAUAGAUUACAUUUUCAUAAGGAUGUAACUACACUUCAUGAGUAUAUCUCCAGAGAUUUUUUGCCAGAAGAGUACGGAGGUACAGCGGGCAAACUUAAACUGCAUUGGGACAAGUAUCUAGCGGCUUUUGAAGAUUUUAAACCUUGGUUGAAGGAGCAGGAGAACAUUAAAGCAGAUGAGUCGAAAAGACCUGGAAAGACUACAUGUUACGAAGAUUGUUUCGGACUACACGGAAGUUUCAGAUCACUCGCAGUUGAUUAAUGUCUGAGACCAGUCCCAAUAAAUUAAUCAAGUAAUA